GAAGUCGAACAUUUUAAAUAAAGAUCGGGUUCGAAAUACAUGCAAUUAAGCAAGCCUGUACAAGUUAUAUUUAGAUCUGGAAUUUCCCAUGAAGUCCCAAGCAGUUUUCGUUUUUAAACAAGAUUUCAUCGUUGACACUGUAAUUAAUAAGGGAGAAAAUCUCGGAAUAGUCCAUCAGAUCUUCAUGUAGUCCGGAGACAUGUCGGGUCUACAGGACAGACAGUACAAACUUUAUAAAGAAAUCUUGAAGGAUUUCCGUAAAGAUGUGGAACCACUAUCUCUCAUGGAUUACCUAGCAGGCUGUCUAACUGAGGAUGACAUAGACAGGGUUCGUACAAAGCUGUCACACAAGGGGAGGUCAGUUGCAGUGGGGGAGUUGUUGGACAGACUUCGGAGAAGACCGAACUGGGAGAACAAUCUACUCGAGGCGUUACUACACCCAGAGCUCAAACUCCACCAUCUCACCAAACUGUUCAUUGAAAAAAGCACUGAAUUGCAAAUAAAGAUCACUCUGCACACAAAAUGCCAAGAUGGACACAACUGUGCAUCAACAGAACAGAUACCCCUUAAUGUUAGUUCUCAGGUGCAGGUCACUGAGAAAGAACAGGAAGAAGAGCCAAAGUCUGAACUACAAAAAGUAUUGGAGGAUUUUAAGGCCAGGGUCGACCCUGAAGAUUUCCUGCAGUAUCUAGAAAACUUGAAAGAAAAGGAUGAAGAUGCCAUAAAAAGUAAGCAGGAAGUAGAUGGAAGAGCUGCCGCAGCAGAGGAACUGAUUUCUCGUCUACUCCAAUACAAACACUGGAAGAAUGACCUGGAAAAAGCAUUGAAAACGCCUGGCAGUAGUUUGGAGGACCUAGGAUUGACCCUUAGUAGCAUUGAUGCGGAAGUGAGUGAGCUUGAGAGUGCAAUAAUAAGUAUCAACAACCAGAACCUGGGGCCACAUGAAGUAAAACAGAAGAGGAUAUCUAUUGUGCAAGAGUUUUUUGGACGUAGAGUUCUAGAUGUUCAGUCAGAGGAAGAUUUACGUGGGGUUAUUUCACUGACAGAUGGUGUAAAUGCUUACCUCCUGAAAUAUGAACAAGGGUCCUUAAUUCUAACUCUGGCUAUCAACAGUAUGGAGACGUUGGAGAGCAUCCAAAAGAUGUACUACGGUGGAGUGCUGCUCGAUACUAUACGGAGAGACAUACUUGGACAGGAUCGACUCUAUCAAGUCAGGCACUCAAUGGAGCAAUUUGAACUGAUAGCUGAGAAGUAUGGGAUGGAUAAAUCUAUUCUUGACUUCAGUGCAGACAGCUUUGACGUAGAAGUACAGAUCAAUCCAGUGGACAUUCAGUACAGUCUUCUAAAUCUGAGGGCUUACAAAGACUCUAGCAUUCCACGCACAGCUGUUCAGAGCUUAAGGGAUUUCAGAAGGAAAGUUCACCCCAAAUUGCAGUGUGCAACAAACAAACAUGAGUAUUAUCUCACACCUACCCUCUGCGAGUUGUUAGAAGAUCCAUUCGUCCAAACUCAUUACGAAGAGCUCGUAUCUAGUUUGGAAGGAUCAGAUUUUGAGGAUUCUGUAGUUAUUACUACAUGGGUGGGGAAAAAGUUGGAAAGUUUUGUGGCAGAUCAUAAAUUUAAGGCUGAAUUGAGAAAACUUGGGAUAGAACUGGCAGAUGCAAGAAACAAAGAUACAGGUAGAAAAGAAGAGCAAUGUUUCUUUGGUGUCAAAAGGGUUCAAGAUACGUUUAGACCUCAAAUAGCAGGUACAGGAAAACCAGACUCCUGUGUUCUCUCGACAGAGAUAUGGGAAGGGAUACUGAAGGAGGGGAUCAUUAUAUUCUCCAAGGUCCACCAGAAAUACUGUUUUAGUAGUCCAGUCCUGGAGCAGUAUCUGAUAUACAAGAGUGGUGUUUUGUCUGGUGUGCAAAUAUUAUAUGGGUACUAUCCUCUCUUUAAGUUGGCAGAAAAUCCACACGAGUUUUCCACAAUUCUGAUCAAUUCAGAUUUUACGAACAAUCCAUCUGGAAAGAUGGAAUAUGUUUAUUUACAUUAUGUUUUCAUGAAGUUAGCUGAUCAAAGGGAUCGACUUGAUGCUCUCAAGACGUUAGUUACAGCAGAAAAGUUGUGCACAAUGGAAGUUCUAAAGGAUACCCUGGAAAUCCAAGCAAACAUCCUACAUAUUCUAAUUCAAGAACAAAUGAUUGACAGAUUUGAAUUGUCCAUUGGCCCCAGCAGCAUGACUCAGUGGGAUAUUUCAACAGGAGUUGUUCAUAAAUCUAUUAUGAUCCCAGAUAUUGAGAUUCUAGUUAAUCUUGCAAGUGUUCUUUCAACUCUAGGGACAUUGAAUAUUCAUGUCACAGUAGAUGAAAAUGGACAAAGACUGACAGAUACCAAAUUGAAAAUCAGCCAAGGUGGUCCUGUGUUUGGAAGAGGCUAUUUGUCACUUAAGUUUUCUGGGGCAAGUUUGAAUCCAACAACAGAUGUUAGGAUUCUAUGUGAAGGGCUUCAAAAGACAGAAAACUUAUUCGAGCUUGAUUUGUCUAGAACAACUCUUACUCCAGAAGCUUAUAGAGAUAUAAUUAAAGCUUGUAGGUUUUCUCCUCUUACUUCUCUUGUUUUGAAUGACACCAGGCUGAUGGACCCUAUGAAGCCAGAACCAUUAGGACUGCAUUUCCUCCCACAGCUAAAACGGUUGGAAAUGGAAAGAUGCAAUCUUGGCGAUGCGGGCUUGCAAGCCAUGUCUUCAGAUUUCAAGAUAGCUGCCAAUCUGACUGAGAUCAAUGUUGCCGACAAUAAAAUCACUGGUGCGGGAAUAAUGGAAAUGUCACCUUUACUUAUGGACAAAGAAAAUUUAAGAAUAGUUAGAGUUCAUGAAAACAUGAUUGGAUACGAAGGCGCCGUGUCACUGUCGAUGCUGUUAAAAAAAUUACCUCUUCUUGAGGUUGUAAACCUAUGCAGUUGUAAGGGAAUCUCAGAAAAAGGGUUUGAACUGAUUAUAAAAUCUCUGAAUGGGAAGAAUUUGAAGAAAAUGAAUGUAAGGGAAUGUGGAUUUUCCCAGUCAGUUACGGAGAAGUAUUUUAAUCUUCUGAAAAACAUGCCCCAUUUUCAGCACCUAGAUUAUGGAUGUAAUGCCAUUGGUGUUUUAGAAGGAACCAUGACGGAAGGACUUUCAAACAUGUCAGCAUCCUUUUUAGAAAUGUUGAAAUGCAAUCAGCAUUCUUGGAACCAUCUGAGUUUGUGGAAGUGUCAGUUAGGCUCUACAACCAUAUUCACAUCAAGUGAUCGUCUGCUGCAUCUGUCAACCUUGACGGACAUUUGUCUUCAAGAGAAUGACCUCGAUGACACAGCAGGAAGUUGCAUUGGUGAGUGUAUGGUGAAGUCCUGGCAUAGUCUGCGUUAUCUCAACCUAAGGCAGAAUAACAUUGGCGACUCUGGAGCAAGGAAGAUUUUAGAUGGAAUCCUUACCAAUCCAAAACUUGAGAAGAUUUAUCUAGACAGGAACUCCAUACAAAGCAUCGAAUUGGCCAAAGAUUUGAUCCUGUUCUUCUUUGAGAAGGCUCCACUUAGUCUGAAAGAAAUGGACAUUUCGUACAAUGAUGUAACGGAGUAUAGGCGUCCUCAGCUGGAGAUUAAGAAAUAUUUAGGAAGUAUGAAAGGGGCAGAUAUCAAAGAGAGUGAUGGACACACAGAUCUAUCUUUUAAAGGUCGGACAAUGAAACUGUAGAUAAAGGAGUAGAAGACUCGAUUAUCCACAUCAAAACAUUUAGGAUACUUCAAAGGAUUCAGCAUUAACUCAAAUAUCGUGUUUGUAACAAAGUUUCAAAUUUGAAUAUCAAAAAUUAUAUCUGCUUUUGUUAUUGCUUAAAGGUUUUUCUUUCUGGAAUCUGAGUAGCAAUUAGGAGAGGAACUGUUUGAAGAAAACACAUCAACCAAAAUGUAAUACAGAGGACAAAGUGAAGUGAGAGAGAAGAGAAGGAGUGAUGUUAAGUAAAGCAUUCAAGCUUUUUCAAUCUAUGUUCCUGUGGAUUGAGAAAGAUUGAUAACAAUGGUAAAGCUUGGGAAUUGGAAUACCAGUACUUUAGUUCUGUCAUAAUUAGUCUGUUUUACUUGGUGAUUAAUGUAUAUGACGAUGAGUUUUGUACUACAUCUUGUAAAUAAAUAUAUGUAUAUUUUU